GUCGAAACUCUGUAUAAAUACUCUCUUCUCUCUCCACCCCACAGCGGUGAAGUCUGUAGAAGGAAAGGAAGCCCAACUAAGGCAUAAAUGGAGACCCAGAAAAAUCAAGCUGAAAACCCACCACAACCGGCCACAACUUCAUGUAGGAAGAAGGUGAAGGAUGAUGCCACUUUCCUUGAGGACCUGAAGGAUCACAUCGACGAGUUCAUCCAUGCCUCCAUGGAUGAACACAAGACUUGUUUCCAGAAGACCAUCAAAAAGAUGUUCGGAUUAUCAAAGGCUGUAGCAGAAAAGGCUGAGGCUAAGGAAGUCGAGAGUCACUUGCCACUUCAGACAGCAGUGUCUGAUUAGAGAAAUGGGUUCCACCAUCUUCAUCUUUUGUGGUUAAAAAAUACGAUGCUGUUUGUUUCUAGUUGUAACCGCAGUUUCGGGUUUCAGUGUAGAUCGACCUUCUGUGGUCGAGGAAAAUAGUUUUUGUUUUUCGAUGAGAUUUUGUUCAAUUU